AUGAGCCGUGCUGAGGUUGAUUUACAAAUAAGUGUUAAAAAGGCUUGUAAUGCGGAUGAAGUUCCCCCUAAAAGGAAGCAUGUAAGAGCAUGUAUUGUCUACACUUGGGACCAUAAGAAUUCUCGAGCAUUUUGGAAUGCUAUAAAGAUUCAGCCCUUGCAAAGUGAUGAAGUUCAAUUAUUUAAGGCUUUGAUUACGAUUCACAAGGUUCUUCAGGAGGGGCAUCCCAAUACUUUGAAGGAUGCUUAUCGAAAUAGAGAUUUUCUUGCUUCGUUAGGAAAUGUCUUUCCAACUCACGGAAAUUCAUAUGGCAGAUUAAUCCAUCAAUAUGAUAGAUAUAUUCUACAGAAGUUGGAUUUUCAUAGAAAUAAUCCUGCGUUUAAUGGUAUGUUUGAGUAUGAAGAAUACAUUUCUUUGAGAGCUGUGAACGAUCCAAAUGAAGGUUAUGAAGCUAUCUUGCAAUUGAUGGAUUUACAGGACCUGCUCAAUGAUCUUCAGAAAAUGAUUUUUGCUACAAUACACCAAACUUCAAACAACUUGUGUAAAGUGAGUGCCUUCGUUCCUUUAAUUGGAGAAUCUUAUGGAAUUUAUAAGUUUUGUAUAUCCAUGUUGAGAGCCAUGUAUCAGCAAUUGGGGCAGGAUGAUGCUUUGACAGUCUUGUUUGAAAGAUUUGAUAAUCAGCAUUUCAUGUUGAGAGAUUUUUACACGGAUUGUCAAUCAAUAAAGUUUUUAACCAGUUUGAUCACUAUACCAAGAUUAUCUAAUAGUCCUCCAAACUUGCAGGUAACCGAUGAUGGUAGUACGGUAGUCUCAAGGCCCACCUCGGUUAAUAAUGGCGAUAGUAGACAAUUAUCAUCUCAGCCGACUUCCUCUUUUGAGGUUGCGGAUACUCCUGUUGAACCGCCUGCUGUGGAUCACUUGUUAGUAGCUCAGCAGACCUUCAACCAACAGCAGCAAGACCAGCAGAGACUUCAACAUGAACUUGAAUUACAGCGUCAACAACAAGUGCAAGAGCAGCUCAACCAGCAGCGCUUAUUUGAGGAGCAACAGCGGCUCCAAGAGUCGAGAUUUUUACAAGAACAACAGCAAUUGCAACAACAGCAAACUCAACAACAACAAUCUAGGGUAACUGAAUUAGAGCAUGAUCUUAUCAUGUUCAAAAAUCAGUAUGAUAAUGAUCAACUGUUGUUACAACAGUAUGAUACAAGAGUCAAGAAUUUAGAGACUGAGUUGACUUCCUAUAACAAUAUUGCUACUCAACAAGUUGCAGCUAAAGAUGAGCAAAUCAAAAAUUUGGAUGAUCAAAUUAGUAGCUGGACCAAAAAAUAUGAAUCUUUAGCGAAAUUGUAUUCUCAGUUGCGCCAAGAGCACUUGAACUUACUUUCAAAAUUCAAGAAGAUUCAACAGAAGAUCAAUAGUGCUCAGGAAGCUAUAAUGAAAAAAGAAAAGUUUGAGAAAGAUUUAAAGGCCAAGAAUGUAGAAUUGGCUGACUUGAUACGCGAGAGAGAUAGAGCAAGAUUAGAUUUGGACCGCGUCAAGGCAUCGAAAGAUCAAGAUAUUGAAAAGUUACAAUCUGAGGUUAGGGAACUUAAUAGCCAGGUUAAUGAAUCUGGGAAGUUACAAUCCUUAAAUCUAUCUUCAAUAAUCUCAAAGCAUGAAAGGGAAAUGAAGGAAAUGAAAGAUCUGCUUGCUGAAAAAGAGAGGCAGUUGUCAGCAUUGGGACCAGAUUCGUUACAAGAUAAAUUAAAAGAAAAGGACUUAGACCUUGAAAUUGCUCAAGAAUCCUUGGAUAGUGCAUUGAAAGAAUUGUCAAUUGCAAAAAAUGAUCAGGAUGAGAUUGUUAAUGCUCAAGUGGAUCAAAUUCUUUUAGAUAAUAUUGAGAAGCUCAGAAGGUUGAUUGAUAUCUUUUUGGCCAAUAACACUAAACGUGUACAAGACACAAAACAUCAGCUCUUAUCGUCAAUGCAAGCAGGAAAUUUGAAUGCUUCACCAGAAUAUCUCUUGUCAGUUGUUGAACUCUGCUCUGACAUGGCAACAGAUUUUGCGACUACUUUCAAUAGUUUCAUUGUCGACGGACAAAGUACCUAUAAUGAUGAAGACGCUGGAUAUUCCAACAUUAUUGUAACGAGCUCGGAAUUGGCCACCGCUCUCAAUGAUUUGAUGCUAAAUGCAAAAGGAAUAGGAAGGAACAUUUCUAAAGAGAAGGAGGAGAAAGUCGUGCAAUAUGUCUCGGAUAUUUUGUCAAGUACGGAAACAUUCUUUACAAGCUUGAGUACCAAAAACUUAAGCAGAUAUAGUGACGACGAAGACAAAAUUGACAAGGUUAUUGAUUGUAAUUUGCAGCUCCAAAAUAACUUGCAAAGAUUGACAAAGCUAGUCGAAACUUUGAGAUCAACUCAUGGACUUAAUUUCCAGGGAAAUUUGGAGAACAUGGUUAGAGACGAAAUGGAAAAUACAGCUCAAGCCGUUGACAUGGCAUCCAAAUACUUGACUGACCUUAUGAAUCUGCCAAACAUUAAGGAGGGUAAACUCGAGGUACAUGGCGCUUUAUUGGCAGCAGCGAAAGCUGUUACUGAUGCAGUUGCACUUUUGAUCAAAUCCGCGACUGAAUCUCAAAAGGAGAUCGUCAACAAAGGAAGAGGAACCCAAAGCCGAACCGAAUUCUACAAGAAAAACAAUAGAUGGACUGAAGGAUUAAUCAGUGCUUCCAAAGCAGUUGCAGGGGCCACGAACAUAUUAAUACAGACAGCGGAUGGUGUUCUAAAUGAGAAAAACUCCCAUGAACAAUUGAUUGUUGCUUCAAAUGAGGUAGCAGCUUCAACUGCUCAAUUAGUUGCUGCAUCUCGGGUCAAGGCCAAUUUCGUCUCUAAAACUCAGGAUCAGCUCGAAAGCGCCUCCACUUCCGUAUCUCAAGCAUGUAAAGCUUUAGUGUCUAAAGUGCAGAGCUUAAUUACCACAGCAGAUACCUCAAAUGACAUUGAUUUAAGUAAGUUGACACCUUAUGAGGGCAAAACGAUUGAAAUGGAACAGCAGGUUGAAAUUUUGAAACUUGAAAACUUAUUAGGCUCUGCCCGCAAAAAGUUAGGUGAGAUCAGGAAAUACGGCUAUCGCGAUGAUGUUAGUGAUGAUGAGAAUUGA